GCGGGGGUUUACCUUUGACUCGCUGAGUUGGUCGUUGACGGGGAGUGGAUCGCCGGCAGCUUUGACGGCCAUGGAGGCGAGUCAUCCCUUCUCCGACUCCGAUAUCACUAGCGCCGGUCUCUACUACGCUGACCCCUCUCCCUCCCCUCCCAUUCCCCCUGCAGAGGUCGCCGCUCUCAGCCGGCUCUCAGAGCAUCUCGCCUCCCUCCUCCGAGCCCCUACACUCGACUUCUGCUCCGAUGCUUCGAUCUUCGUGCGAUCUGUGGGGGAGGAGAACCCCCGCUCUGUCCGUGUCCACCGAUGUGUCCUCGCUGCGCGGAGUCCCUUCUUCCGCGACAAGUUCGCGGAGGGGGCGAAGGAGCUCGAGCUCGAGAAGCUGGUGGGGGAUUUCGAGGUAGGGUUACAGGCUUUGCAAACGGUGAUCCAGUAUGUCUACACGGGUCGGCUGGAGGAGCUACCUGUGGGCGUGGCGGAGUGCGUCGAUGAGAGCUACUGCCGCCACGAGGCCUGCUGGCCGGCCGUCCAUUUCAUGCUCCAGGUGCUCCACGCCGCCUCCACCUUCGAUAUCAAUGAGCUCGUGAGCGUAUUUCAGCGACGGCUCCUUGACAUUCUUGAGAAGGUAGCAACAGACGACAUCUUGUCAGUUUUAUUCGUUGCAAAUCUGAGCAAAAGAUUUUGCCAGAGAUUGGUUGACAAGUGCAUCUGCAUAGUUGUUGAAUCUGAUAUUAAUUACAUUACCCUUGAGAAAAAGUUGCCACCAGAUGUUGUAUGUCAAAUUCAGCAGCUCCGUUCAGAUUUGGGACUGAAUGGAAGACAGAACGGCAUCCCUGAUAAGCAUGAAAAGAGCAUCUUUAGUGCUCUCGAUUUAGAUGAUAUCGAAUUAGUCAAAAUGCUUUUGGAUGAAGGAAACACCACCUUGGACGAUGCAAAAGCCCUGCAUUAUGCAGUUGGCUAUUGUGAUCUCAAGAUUACAAAAGAGCUUCUGGAUCUUAAUCGUGCAGAUGUCAAUGGCAGAGACCACAGGAAUUACACCGUGCUCCAUAUGGCUGCAAUGCGUAAGGAACCUGAAAUCAUUAUGUCCUUGUUAACAAAGGGAGCCCAACCAUUUGAGACAACACCAGAUGGAAGAACAGCACUUCAAAUUGCCAAGAGGCUUACCAGAUAUAUGGAUUACUGCAGAGAAACUGAACAAUGUAAGCCUUCCCCCAAGGAACGCCUGUGCAUUGAGAUGUUGGAGCGAGCUGAACACAGAGAUUCAUCCACAGAAGUAACUUCAGUUCCAGCUGAGAUGAAAAGCGACAAUCCACUCGAGAAGUUAUUGUACCUGGAAAGUAGAGUUUGGCUAGCAGAGAGAUUAUAUCCAACAGAAGCGAAAGCUGCCAUGAAAUUAGCUAACGUGGAGGGUACACCAAAGUUCAAGUCAAGCUUCUAUCUUUGUGCUGGAAACAAGAGAUCUGCUGAGGAUGUAGUCAAAAUGUCUUUUAAGAUGACGAAAGAGCACUUAUCGCGAAUAGAAGCUCUAUCAAAGACAGUGCAACUUGGAAUGCAGUUCUUUCCGCGAUGCUCCAGAGUGAUUGAGAAGAUACUGGGUGAUGAUUUAUCGGAGCUGUCUAUCAUCGAACACAUCGACACUGAAGAGCGAAAAAACAGGUAUAAUGAGAUUCUGGAAGAUAUGAACGAUGCAUUUACCAAAGAUAUACAUGCAAUAGAAAAAGCUGGCCCACGCUCUGCCUCGACUUCUAAAUCUGCACGAUCGACUAAGACUAAGAUUGCCAAGAGAUGACAAAGUGACAUUUUCCCACAUUGCAGCAGUAGGUUCUCUCUUGGUUCGCACGCUAGAUCUCUUUCUAGGCUAUUAUAGGGAAUUUUCAUGCAUUCUGUAGAGAUGGAAACAAACAUCAUGUGUUGUGAGUUUUAUGCUUCGUACUACCUUUAAAUGAGUGCAAUAAGAGGAAUGUUUUCUUAGAGCAAUUGUGAAAAUACCUCAACUUGUAGAUAUUAAGAGGAAUGUUGUCCACUAAACUUUUAGUGCAAUCUAAAAGUGCUAGGAGUCAGGUCCAACUUCCCAAAUAUUUUAGAUAGUGUAAAUUAGGAAUUUAACUUCUAUAAAGUUUGUAAGAAUUUAUUUGGUAA